AUGACUAACUGCCUUAGUUGGAAACGUUUGGAAAUGAGACAUUUGCAUGCAGCCAGGAAACUUCGAAGGCAGUGCGUGACUUUUCUCAAGAUGCUCGAGAACAAUUUUGAUUCAAUAAAUAAUACCUUUAUCGAUGUGUCAUUUCUACAGCCGGCAUCCAUUGCGGUCAACUCUGAUGAACUGAAUUCCGGUUUGGCGACAUCUAACGUCUAUUUGAUUUUAGAUUCUUUGGUUCGAUUGUUUAAAAAUAUGCUGGAUUCCAAGAUAUCUCAUGAAUUGGAUAGUCAAAACUUCGGAGUAAAAGGUGGCAUGCAUUGGUCUUUCUUUUCAGACGCAAUCUCUGCAAAUAAAUUGCGAGUGUACAAUCAAACUCUGGAAAUUGCAUGUCUCCUGUUAGAUCGUAUGAGAAGUUCUUUUGAGAACUCAUUUGGGGCGGGACAGCGACCGAAGACGGUGUCAAUGUUGAAUGGUUUCCUGAAUCUUCUUCACGGUCUUGUGCAAUUAACAUCUGUAAGAGGCCUCGUUGAAGUACGCUUAGCCAUACAACAUCACCAUCCUCGGAGGCUAUAUCGUCCAUUUUCUGGAAGCCCGGAGUUCUACGCAUUCUAUCAGUCCUCUCAGGUGGCUGUUGAAAGAGCGAUGCUCAACAUUCUCAACUCUACCAUUUUUCUUUCAAAAAAUGCAAUCAAAAUUAUCCAUCUUGAGAUGUACGUCUCCGCCUUAAUUAGUUCGGAUUAUUCAAAGAAGGUGCCAAUAAAACUUUCGUUUGAUGAAAUUUCACUACUCGGGGAAACUCCUCAUGAUAUCGAUGUUGCAGAAUCUGCGAAAACCGUCAGCCUCUUUCAAGAGGCUAUAAAUUCACCAAAACUGCAAUCAGUUCUAAGGCUUCUCCCAGCUAACAAGAGACAGGCAGUGAUUCUUAAAGCUGCUAUUAGGGCGCUCGAUGAUGACACUCUGGCUUUAAUCAUAUCGGUGAGUUUACAUGAACGGUGA